AGUUGCGGACAAAAAUUAUAGCAUUUUCUAUGUUCAUACAAUUGCUCCUAAAAAAGUGAUCAAAGCAGUGUGAAACGGUAGCUGUAGGGUCAGAUUUGUAGGCCUAUCUUGGGUCUUCUACUCUGUCUCUCUUGACAAAAAUAAUCUCUUCAUAGUUCAUGCUAAUCUAAAAACAUCUCAAAACAGUUUUCUAAGAGAUGACGAGCAAAUCAAGCUCAGGCUCAGCUCCACCGCCAAGAGAUUCAAAGCGCAAAUGGGUUCUUCCCUACCAAACCAAAAACCUGAGAGACCUCUACACACUUGGCAGAAAGCUUGGGCAAGGCCAGUUUGGCAUCACAUUUUUGUGCACAGAAAAAUCUACAGGUAACAAGUACGCCUGCAAGUCCAUCCCAAAGCGCAAGCUGUUAUACGCUGAGGACUAUGAUGAUGUUUUGAGAGAGAUUCAGAUUAUGCACCACUUGUCAGAGCAUCCAAAUGUGGUGAGGAUCCGAGGUACGUACGAGGACAUUGUGGCUGUGUAUUUGGUGAUGGAGCUGUGUGAGGGUGGAGAGCUUUUUGAUAGGAUAGUGAAGAAGGGACAUUAUAGUGAGAGAGAGGCUGCAAAGUUGAUAAAGACUAUUGUUGAGGUUGUUCAGACCUGUCAUUCUCUUGGCGUCAUGCAUAGAGACCUCAAACCUGAGAACUUCUUGUUUCAUAGUGUGGACGAGGAUGCUGCUCUCAAAGCCACUGAUUUUGGCCUCUCUGUCUUCUACAAGCCAGGUCAAACCUUUUCUGCUGUUGUUGGGAGUCCGUACUAUGUUGCACCAGAGGUGUUGCGCAAACAUUAUGGACCUGAAAUAGAUAUAUGGAGUGCAGGAGUUAUAUUAUACAUCUUGCUGAGUGGGGUGCCACCUUUUUGGGCUGAAACUGAAAAGGGAAUCUUCCGAGAGAUUUUACAAGGCAAAUUAGAUUUUCACUCUGACCCAUGGCCUGUCAUCUCCGAAAGUGCUAAGGAACUCAUUCGGAAAAUGCUUGAUCGGAAUCCAAAGAAAAGGCCAAAAGCUCAUGAAGUCCUUUGCCACCCAUGGAUUGCAGAUGACAAGGCUCCCGAUAAACCGAUUGAUUCUGCAGUGCUAUCUCGCCUAAAGAAGUUCUCUGCAAUGAACAAACUUAAGAAGAUGGCUUUGCGUGUCAUAGCUGAGAAACUUUCUGAAGAAGAAAUCGGCGGUUUGAAAGAGUUGUUCAAAAUGCUAGACACAGACAACAGUGGAACAAUAACGUUUGAUGAACUGAAAGAAGGAUUAAAGCGAGUGGGCUCUGAACUUAUGGAAUCCGAGAUCAAGGAUCUUAUGGAUGCAGCAGAUAUUGAUAACAGCGGAACACUUGACUAUGGUGAAUUUCUUGCUGCUACACUGCACUUGAAUAAGUUGGAGAGAGAGGAGAAUUUAUUGUCAGCCUUCUCCUUUUUUGACAAGGAUGGUAGUGGUUACAUAACUAUUGAUGAGCUUCAACAAGCCUGCAAUGAGUUUGGUUUAAGCGAAGUCCACCUCGAUGAAAUGAUUAAUGAAAUUGAUCAAGACAAUGAUGGACAAAUAGAUUACGGGGAAUUUGCUGCAAUGAUGAGGAAGGGUAAUGGAGGGAUAGGGAGGAGAACCAUGAGAAGCCAAUUAAAUGUGGGAGAUGCCCUGGGACUCACAAACAAUGAAUGUACCUAAUGAACUCACUGAUUGCUCACCUUAAGUAAUUAAUCAUUUGCCAAUUUAGUCUUUUAGGAACAUUCUAAUGGAAAUAAAACACUGAUUUAUACAAGGUUUUUGGAUUGUAU